ACAGUAAUUUGACAGUAAAACUUCAAAAGGUGUAAAUAGAAGAACGACGAAAUUUUUUCAAUUUUUCGUCUUUUUCGGUGCCGCAAGAGAUCAUGUCGAAGCUACUUCCGAAGAACGUGGAGCACGUGAAACGAGUGUGUUCCCUGUACAAAAAGGCAUUGCGUAAUUUGGAGUGCUAUUACGAUGAAAGAACUAUAUUUCGUUACCGUGCUGUGUUGAUGCGUCAAAGAUUCGAGGAAAAUCGCAACGUAAAAGAUGAGAGACAAGCUCGCAAGUUGGUCGAAGACGGCGAGAAGGAACUUUUCGAAAAUCAACAUUACCAACCAAGACAAUGGCCCAAUUCACCCGGAGGCGUCGCUUUCGGACGUGAAGUAGACUUACCUGAUUGGGUUUUAGAUUAUUGGCAUCCCCUGGAAAAAGCUGCGUACCCCGAAUACUUUGCGCGACGCGAACAACGCAAAAAGGAAUGGGUCGAAAUGUGGGAAAAGCAAUACGGAAAACCAAAACCCGAAGAAUGGUCGCAUCAUUAGACAGAUUACAGCUCGUUGUUAGUGCAAAAAAUGCAAAAUUUCGCUAAAAUAAAGGAAAGAAAACUCGUCAUAAUUCAAAAA